UACCAAACGCAAUUUAGUUACAGACGAAAACAGACCGAAAAUGAAAUUUACUGUGCAAAUAGUUUGUGCAAUUGCACUUGUGAUGAUUAUGGUUGGAGGUGUUAUUGGACAAAGACCAUCAUGCUGGGAGCAUAUCAGAGAUGAUCCCGACAACAUUGAUGAAGUUUACUUCCCCCAUGAAAGCAACUGUCAGUAUUAUUACCAAUGCUCAAUGCAUGGUUUAGUUCGAAUGAAGUGUCAGACAGGAAUGCAUUUCGACCGUGAAAACAAUCAAUGCGGUCGACCGGAUGAAGUUGAAUGUUGAGAUCUUAAGUGAUCGCAUUAAAAUUAUUAACAAUUCAACCGAAGAGAUCAUUUACAUAAAUAUUCAUAUCUAAAAAAUCUCAAUUUGUUAGAGUUGCCAUUUUAUUUUUCAUUUUUUUUCUUAAUAUUCCUAAUUCAUGGUGUUUCAAAUUCUUUUUAAUAUCUUCUACCAUGCCAUGACAUCAUCUAAUAAAAUUAUAAUAAUAAAAAACUAAAAACAUAGUUUAAACUUGUUAUU